AUGGCUUUCUCUGCAACAUUUUCUUAUUACUUUCUCCUUUCAUUGCUUGUAAUCACAUGCAACUUCCCCAUCUUGGUAGCAAGCAAUCUUGGCUCAUACAACCCCAACUGCGAAAAAAGAUGUGGCGACGUCCGAAUCCCUUUCCCGUUCGGAGUCGGAGACGGCUGUUUCCUCCCUGGCUUCGAAGUCACUUGCCGCCAAGGCAUUCCUUUCUUAGCACAAUCCAACCUUUCAAUCCUCCAGAUUUCAGAAGACGGAGUGCAUGUCGACUCCACUCCAUUCAUUUCAACAUACAUUUUCUCAAACUCAAGCUACCAAGAAGGUGUCUCGAUCAUAUUGCCUGAGAACAGUCCUUACACGUUCUCUGACUCGAACAGAUUCGUCACUGUGGGAUGCAACGCAUGGGGGCUGAUCUCCCAAGAUCCCGGCCAAGUACCCUCUUCAUGCAUCUCGAGGUGCAAUACAAGAGACAGUGUCGUUAAUGGUUCUUGCACCGGGCACGGUUGUUGCCAAGUCACCUUACCUAGGAUCCAUAACGAACUUCAAAUCAUGGUCUUCCUAGCUGGACCAAAUAAGGGCUUCUUGUUUAACAUGCCUUCUUAUGGAUUCGUGGUUGAAGAUGGUGGAUAUGUUUUCAACAUAUCCGAUCUUUGGGACUUCAAUAGGAAUAUUAGUAUGAAGCUUGAUUGGGCUAUAGGAAAUGGAAGCUGCUCCGCAAUGAAUGAUUCGAGUUCCUAUCCAUGUGGAGAGAACAGCUACUGUAUUGAAUCGAAGCGAAACUAUGGUUAUCUCUGCAAAUGCCGAAUCCUUAUCUCAGCGGCUCUGCUGGAUGCCAAGAUCAGGGAGAAAUUCAUGUGUGCCAGAAGCUACUUGCCAGAGCAGAGCUUGGAAUUACACUUGUGUCUGCCCAGUUGGGACUUAUUAUGUUUACUAAGCAUUUUAUUGCUGAUAUUAUGUUCUGCUCGUUUCUAUUGGGUUCAAAGGAAGAGAAACCUCAAAAAUCUCAAAGCCACAUACUUCCAUCAAAAUGGAGGCCUUCUGUUACAACAAUUUUCCUCUUCCAAUAGAGGUACUGCUAUGAAACACACAAAAAUCUUCUCCGCCCGAGAGGUCAAGAAGGCAACCGGCAAUUAUGAUGCCACCAGAAUCAUAGGCAUUGGCAGCCAAGGCACAAUCUACAAGGGAACCCUUGAAGAUGGUUCAUUGGUUGCCAUCAAGAAAUCACGGCAAGUGGCCCACUGGCAUGUUAAUCAGUUCAUAAACGAGCUUGUCAUCCUGACCCAAAUCGGUCACAACAAUAUCGCUAAGCUCUUGGGCUGCUGCUUGGAGACCCAAGUCCCUUUCCUGGUCUAUGAGUUCAUCUCCAAUCACACUUUGUACCAAAAACUCUAUGGAGAUGCUGACGUCAAAUCAUCGAGCAUACUCUUAGAUGAGAAUUGUUCUGCCAAACUAGCGGAUUUUGGAGUUUCCAGGCUAAUUCCACUCGAUGAAAGCUGGAUUUUGACAGUAAUCAAAGGAACUCCGGCAAACUUGGAUCCCGAAUACUUUAAAACUGGAAAUUUAACAGAGAAGAGCGAUGUUUACAGCUUUGGGGUGGUUUUAGUCGAGCUCUUUUAUGGGAAAAUGAUCAAGCAGGAGCUGUCUCCAGACUACAAUAGCCUCUGCAUGCAUUUUCUAUCUUGUGUCGAAGGAGGGAAUUUGAUCAAGAUCUUAGAUGAAGGAAUGCUGAGAGAGGGAGGAAUGGAGGACUUACAAGCAAUUGCCAUGAUCGCUCAAAGAUGCUUGUGCUUGAAUGGAGAAAAGAGGCCCACCAUGAAAAAGGUGGUGGAAGAGCUUUCCCUAAUGAGAAGAGGAAGCACCCAAGUUCCCGAAAAUCCGACUGUCCUUCGCGUAGAGUAA